UUGUUUUGUAGAGUAGAACAGGAAACAGCAGUCCUUGUCGUGUCCAGUCUGACGCAUUUGUGCAAACACGCACUGUAGCCUGGCCAACAUGGCGGACACUUGACGGCGGGAUGAAGAGGCUCAGUGAGGGCUUGAAGAAGCAAAGAGCGGCUCCUUUCGCCAACAGCUUCACCAUGUCGGAAGGGGACAGCGACCAUAGGCGACCGAGGCGUCGGUGAGCGUUUGGCUAAGAAGCGCUUGCGAGGCCGCGCCGAGGAGAGAAGCGGGGCGGCAGGAGGAAGGAGGCAGGAGGUAGGAGGCAGCGGCCAUGGAGGAUGCGGCCCGGCCUUCCCAGCCUUUUCAUCCGGGCGGACAUUAAAGCGGGCCCGCCUUCCCAGCCUUGUCAUCCGGGCGGACAUUAAGGCAGGCCGGGAGCAGUCAGCAGCCAAGCGGAGUCCAAGUCCAUGAGUGCUGCGGCACAGGAGCCACGGUGGGGUCCCGAAAUAUGAGCAGCGGUGCUGGGACGUGUCGGCAGCAAGAUGACGGCGACUGGCUAGAAGCUCUACGCGACAACCAGAAGCCUUUCAGUCGGCAGCAACAUGACGGCGACUGGCUAGAAGCUCUACGCGACAACCAGAAGCCUUUCAGUCGGCAGCAACAUGACGGCGACUGGCUAGAAGCUCUACGCGACAACCAGAAGCCUUUCAGUCGGCAGAAAGAUGACGGCGACUGGCUAGAAACUCUCCGCGACAAGCAGAAAGAUGACGGCGACUGGCUAGAAACUCUCCGCGACAAGCAGAAAGAUGACGGCGACUGGCUAGAAACUCUCCGCGACAAGCAGAAAGAUGACGGCGACUGGCUAGAAACUCUCCGCGACAAGCAGAAAGAUGACGGCGACUGGCUAGAAACUCUCCGCGACAAGCAGAAAGAUGACGGCGACUGGCUAGAAACUCUCCGCGACAAGCAGAAAGAUGACGGCGACUGGCUAGAAGCUCUCCGCGACAAGCAGAAGUCUUUCAGCGACUGUGAGAGGGCGCAGAGAUGGCGACUGUCCUUGGCCUCCCUCCUCUUCCUCACCGUGCUUCUCUCCCAUCACCUGUGGUUCUGCGCCGAGGCCAAGCUGGCCCGCAGCCGCGAUAAGUCCAGCCUCUCCCCGCAGACACGCUCCGCACGCCGCAGCCUCGCAGACGACAUUUUUGUCGGAAACUCCAGCCAACAUUUGUGUUGCCAGAAGGACACCUGCUUGACUUUGGCCGACGCCGACCACCUGUGCAGGCUGCUGUCCCACAACGAGGUCAACAUGAGCCACUUGUACCUCUCCUUUUGUAACUCCUACUCGCUGCUGGACUUGUUCUUCGGCUCCAGCAGUCCAGACCACCUCAACUGCAGCCUGGACGUGCUGGCCGACCGCGACACGAGCCGCUGCAGUCUGUGCGUGCAGGCCUACCAGAGCCUAGACCUGCACGCCCAGGAGAAGUACGACGACUUCGAGCUCCUCACUUGGAAGUACGAGCCGGCCUUGUAUUCGGUGCGGAGCUGCAUGAGCCAGUGCAAGACAGCGUACAAGCCCUGGCUGUGUGCUCAGUACUUCCACAGCAGCCAGCAGUCAUGUGACACAAAGGUGUCAUGCCAGCAGUAUUGUCUGGAGGUCCAACAGAGCUGUCCAUUCAUCCUGCCCGAUAACCAGGAUUUAAUCCACGGUGGCACCCCCAGUUUCAUCUGUACAGGAUUGUUGCGAGAGAAUGUGCCAGAGAGCAAAGCUGUGUGCUGUGACGUCCGAUGGGACUCCAACAUAAACGGCCCCUUAGGCCAGGCCCAAAAGAGGACUGCCUCCUCCUGCCAGUCCUCGGUCACGUCCAUCGCCAGCCCCAGACUGUGCAGUGGGCGGCUGAAGUUCUGCCUUCUGGCGCUGGUCCUUCUGCACACUGUCAUUAUUAUAUCAGCCUCCCAUAAUUCCACCAUGGCGGGCGGCACUCUCUCUUUUUGGCUAGAGAAGAGCACCUCCAAUGAAGAUUGAACAUCCAUCAUAUUGUUCUUCACAAAUGUCAACUGUGUGGUGUUGGCAUCUAGGAAGUGUCUGCUGCCAACACAACAUCCAGCACAGGAAUUGGUAGGGCUUGUUUGGUGGACAGGACCACUCCUCUAAAGUACUCACUUGUUUGGUGGACAGGACCACUCCUCUAAAGUACUCACUUGUUUGGUGGACAGGACCACUCCUCUAAAGUACUCACCUCGUCCCACUUCAAUUCUUUCUAUUGACAAUAUCAUCUCUCCUCCCUACAUUUGCUUUCCUUUUGUCUAUUUUUCUCUAUUGUGGGUCUAGAUGACACUUCAAACUGGACAUUGAUCAAGUCUUGACCAUUUCCAGCUUCUCUUUUUGACUUGCUGCAUCCACAGAACUUCUCCUCCGUGCUACCUUGCAUUAUCCAUGUGGCUCUUCUUGCAACACAUUGUAAGCUUCAGCUCACAGAUGUUUCCCUUCUCUCCCCCAAGCCCUUUGAUUAGACAUGUUUGGGCCUCAAGUGCAUACAUAAGGUUGCACGUGCCACGCCGUGUGCACUGCUAGUCUUACAUCCACCUCACCAUGUGUCGCUGCAUGAAGCCAAAACUGUCGGGGUCUCAUUUAUCAACUACAAUUGUUCUUUAUUAUGCUUAUUUUUAUACAACCAAAGUCACACACACACACAAUUAACUCUAUGUCUAUAUUUUCUACAGACAUUUCUCAGUACACCUGCGUUUCACCUGUUAUUGGCUCCACCCCUUUUGCCUGCAGGGAUUGGGGCAACAUAUUUUGCUGUGUAGAAGAUGUUCUUACAAGAAUAAUAUGAAAGAUGUUCUUACAAGAAUAAUAUGAAAGAUGUUCUUACAAGAAUAAUAUGAAAGAUGUUCUUACAAGAAUAAUAUGAAAGAUGUUCUUACAAGAAUAAUAUGAAAGAUGUUCUUACAAGAAUAAUAUGAAAGAUGUUCUUACAAGAAUAAUAUGAAAGAUGUUCUUACAAGAAUAAUAUGAAAGAUGUUCUUACAAGAAUAAUAUGAAAGAUGUUCUUACAAGAAUAAUAUGAAAGAUGUUCUUACAAGAAUAAUAUGCAUGAUACUUGUAGUCAGGCAUUAUGAGCUCUCUUUUGGCAUGCGCUUCAGUGAAAAAAGCUGCACAAAUGCACAGAUUCUCCCCUUAGAUUUCAAUCUGUCACUGCAUGACUUCAUCCAAGAUGUGUAGCACAACCUUAGAUGUGGCCCCUCCAGUCCAAUAACUACAAUGUGGCCCCUCCAGUCCAAUAACUACAAUGUGGCCCCUCCAGUCCAAUAACUACAAUGUGGCCCCUCCAGUUCAAUAACUACAAUGUGGCCCCUCCAGUCCAAUAACUACAAUGUGGCCCCUCCAGUCCAAUAACUACAAUGUGGCCCCUCCAGUUCAAUAACUACAAUGUGGCCCCUCCAGUCCAAUAACUACAAUGUGGCCCCUCCAGUCCAAUAACUACAAUGUGGCCCCUCCAGUCCAAUAACUACAAUGUGGCCCCUCCAGUUCAAUAACUACAAUGUGGCCCCUCCAGUCCAAUAACUACAAUGUGGCCCCUCCAGUCCAAUAACGGUUUUGCACGUAUUUCCUGCUUGACUUUUAUUCCUAUAUAUUUGA